UCCAUGUCUACCCAACCGUAAAGCCUGUGUUCUUAACAAUUAUGCCUCAUCGACUUCCUUUUACAGAUAUUCACCUCUGGAAAUUUGGCGUUAGCUCAAUCAAUUUAUUAGAAAGGUUUCAUUUAAAUUAGCAAAAGCCUGACAUAUUCACAUUUUCCUUAACUCUGGUCCUGCUGCCUUGGGGUCAAGGUAAAACUGAAACCUGGACACAGUGGCUCAUACCUGUAAUCCUAUGGCUUUGGAAAUCCAAGGCAGGAAGAUCGUUUGAGGCCAGAAACUUGAGACCAGUCUGAGCAAGAGUGAGACCCCAUCUUUACAAAAAAUAGAAAAAUUAGCUGGGCAUGGUGGUGGGCACCUGUAGUCCCAGCGACUCGGGCAGUUGAAGCAGGAGUAUCAUUUGAGCCCAGGAGUUUAAGGUUAUGAUGAGCUAUGAUCAGGCCACUGUACUCUAGCCUGGGUGACAGAAUAAGACCCUGUCUCAUAAAAACAAAACAAAACCUCCUUAAAAAUGUCUUAAGAGGUCUUGGCUCUGGACUAGGUCACAAAUAUAUAUAUAUUUUUAAGUGGUCCUCUGGUCUAAGCAACAACUGAGAUCCUAUAGAUCUCCUGAGGAGUUCCUCCACAAAGGUCUGGUGACAAAGAGGGUCUAGGACCAUCGUGCUGAGAGUAACCGGGUAUGAAGUCUUCAGAAAGGGUCUAGGCAAACAUUUGGCAUCCCAUAUCUAUGCUAUGGAUGUUCAAGUUGGGGUAUUUUUGUUUUAUUUUAUUUAGCAGGCCUGGGUCAGGUUCAAAACCACCAGCCCUGGUACAUGUGGCCGGCACCCUAACCACUGAGCUAUGGUGCCCAGCUGAUUUGGAGUAUUUUAAAUGCAUAGUAAUGGAAAUAGAUAACUUGAUGUCUCUCUGUAAUUCCUGUAUGCCAAACUCUCAACCUGCGAUAAUCAUAUGAGGAAAGCGCUUUUCUUUCUUCAUUUUUGUGAGGAAACAAGGAAACAAAGACUCCGAGAGGUUAAGUAAUUUGACCAAGGUAACCCAGCUUACUUAUGUUUAAAAACACGAAUAUGUGAAAAUCAUGUGAAUUAUUUAUUUCACUGGCUCAUUUACAAAGAAUAUUAGGUAUAACUAAACUAAGUGGGUUGACAAGAGUAAAAAUGGCUUGGAAGGGAUGUCCUUUAGGAUUGAGUUUUAAAAAUUAAUUAGGAGUAAUUUCAAAAAAUUAUGUUUCUGUAGGUUUGUUUACUUUUAUCACUUUACAUGUCACAUGUUGGGAAGAUGACCAAUGGGUGGUUAUAGCCCCAAAUGGAAUUAAUCACCUUUACUCUGAAUUUUGUUCUGAAGAUAAUUCCUUUGAAGCAGGGGUGGCCCUGUGACGACGCGCCUUGACAGACAGGACAGGGUCUGUGUGGUGACAGAGGUCUCUCACCUGCACUGAAUGAGAAUUUAUUUGGCCUUUGCUUGAAAAUCAGAUUCUGUCACAUUUAUGCAGUCGUGUUUUAGUGACAGACAUGGAAUAUGGUUGCUUUCAAGCAAGUUAUUCUGUUUAACCAGAGGCCUAGCAGAGUUCCUGAUAUGCAGGUGGCCAUGCAAAAACGUUAAAAGAAAUAAUUCAGUCCUGACAACAUCUCUGAGAAGUGGUUUCUAAGUUUAUCACAAUCUUGCAGAUGUGUAAGCUGAGGCCUGGAGUCUAAGCCAUGUGCUCAAAGCCACACUGUUACGUAAGUGAUGGAGCCUAAGUUCAGACUCAGAUGACCCCCAGGCCCGUCCCUGGCAAUGAUAGCCAGAUUUGGAAAAAACUCAAGGAGGAAAAAUCAUAGCAAAUUUUUGGAGUUCUGAUGAUUUCUUUUCUCCUCCCUCAACAUAAAUUCCCCCAUCAACCAAAGACUGAGUGAUUGAUCAGUAAAUGAAAGGAAAUUCAUAAAGUGCCUGCCACUCACUACACUUCUCUUUCUUGCAGUUCCCAAGGUCGCGGGAACCCACUGUGAGAGGGGAGUGCUCUCAGCCCCGCUUCCCCACUUGGAGCAGACGCCUGGAAACAUCUCAUUCACACAGCAGUUGAAGACUCAGCUUUGAGGUUUUCGAAGUAGCUGGUGCACAUCUUUCAGAUGGAUGGGGAGAAGUAACAGUCCCCCAGUUGGGGGCAGAGGUCCUGUAAACUCAACCCUGUCUGGCUGUCACCCCCCUUGCUAAAUGACACUUGCUGCAGCAGCCCACUGAGGGCUCUUUUCCUUGGUUAGGACUUGUGAGUGGGACGCUGGGCUGGGAAGAAGAUGCUGAGCUCCAUCAAGUGCGUGUUGGUGGGUGACUCCGCUGUGGGGAAGACCUCUCUGUUGGUGCGCUUCACCUCUGAGACCUUCCCCGAGGCCUACAAGCCCACGGUGUACGAGAACACCGGGGUGGACGUCUUCAUGGAUGGCAUCCAGAUCAGCCUGGGCCUCUGGGACACAGCCGGCAAUGACGCCUUCAGAAGCAUCCGUCCCCUGUCCUACCAGCAGGCAGACGUGGUGCUGAUGUGCUACUCUGUGGCCAACCACAACUCGUUCCUGAACUUGAAGAACAAGUGGAUUGGUGAAAUUAGGAGCAACUUGCCCUGUACCCCUGUGCUGGUGGUGGCCACCCAGACUGACCAGCGGGAGAUGGGGCCCCACAGGGCUGCCUGUGUCAAUGCCAUUGAAGGGAAGAGACUGGCCCAAGAUGUGAGAGCCAAAGGCUACUUGGAGUGCUCAGCCCUGAGCAACCGGGGCGUGCAGCAGGUAUUUGAGUGUGCCGUCCGGACUGCUGUCAACCAGGCCAGGAGACGGAACAGAAGGAGGCUCUUCUCCAUUAAUGAAUGCAAGAUCCUCUAGGCCCCAAGAGACUUUCACCCAACUCUUAGGUACUCACCCCAAGAUGAACAGGGAAAGGAAGCGUGGACAAGCCAGGAGGGGUCAGUGCUCUUUCUGGUGCAACUUGAACAGCAUUUCCUUUUGGAUACAGUUAUUGUCAAGGCUUGGCCACACUCCACAGAGGAACUCCUUCCCCAGUCCAAUUAGAAAAUUCCUUGGGAAGCUGUAAUGAAUAUUUCAUCUUCAUUUAAAAAAUAAAAUAGUCCAUGGGAGGGGUGGUGUGUGGUGUGCACCUGUAGUCCUAGCUACUUAAGAGACUGAGGCAGCAAGAUUGCUUGAGCCCAGGAGUUUGACAUUGCUGUGAGCUAUGGUGCUGUCCCUGCCCUCUAGCCUGGACGACAAAAGGAGACCCUAUCUCAAAAUAAACAAACAGAUUAAAACGAGUUCCAUAAUUUUGGACAACAAAGUGACUUCUCCAAAGAAUUCCAUAUUUAAAGACACAUUUUAUUUAAAUAAUAACAAAAUGUAUUGCUCUUGUAUAUAUAAUUAGUUUUCACACUUGGAAAAUCUUUUCCUACAUACUCAAAAACACAAACUGCUGUAUGUGUGAAAGAACCUCGUGGGUCUCUGCCAUGUGUUUGUAGUGUCAUUAUUUUUGUCUGAAUAGUAAUUUUGUUGAAACCACUUGCCUGCUGGAUUUCACUAAGUAAUCAGAUUUUAAAACAACCGUAAACUGAUCCCUUGCAAUUCAUUUCUUACCUACCUGUUAUUCAGAGUUGUAUAUAAAAUACAGUUCCAUAAAAUAGUCUAAUACUGCCUAAUGCCUUUAAAGUUAUCCCUGUAUUUCCCUGUAAUUAUAAAAAAGUAUUGGGGCGGCGCCUGUGGUUCCAGGAGUAGGGCGCCAAUCCCAUAUGCCAGAGAUGGCGGGUUCAAAUCUAGCCCUGGCCAAAAACCAAAAAAAAAAAAAAAAUUAUUUAUUUAUGAUAUUACCUUUCACUUAACUCCAACUAUGCACUAAGUAUCACUUUCUCAUUCACCAAGACAGAUUGAAGCAAAAUCUUUCAGGUAAGGGAUCAGACUGCUCUGAGUCACAGCCACAGAACUUGGAGCACACGUGAGGAGUCUCUUUUACCUCUGGAACUUCUCCUUGCCCCCUUCUUCUGACAUGGUGGUUCCUCUCUUGCUGGAAGUCUUGUGACACAGAGAAGCCUCAAAGUACUGUGUGAUGGUAAAUUUGACACAGAAGGGAAAAAAGGUAGAAUUGGUAGCAUUUCAUGAAUGUGAAUCACUGGGAUGAAAAAACAUCACAAAUUCUGAGCACAGGGCAUAGGAAAGUCAUAUAGCAAUUGCUCAGAUAAUAAAAUUCUCAGGGAAAAUUCUAAAUAAAUAGGGACACACCCCAUCCAACCCCAUUCUGUCUACUAGAUCAGAUGUUCAAGUUGAGAACAGAGGACGAUGUGAGUUGAGGGAGAAAGUGCUAAUAAGGCUGGCACCCACAUAUACCAUUUACUACUCCGAUCAAGUAACACAUAGAAACACUGAACCACAUUUAUGAAAGUACAUCAUUUGGGGGUGGGGGGCAAUGUGGUUAUUGCAUACAAAAGAUAAGGUAGUGGCAUAAAUGAUUGUGAUUAGAAUUAUGUUGCCAUAACCAAAGCAAUUUUUCUGUUUCCAUGUGGGGUCAAGUCCUCAUAGCUAUAAUCAGCGUACAGACCAGAUUUGUGCCCACCUCCACAUCGCUUUCUCCUUCUGAUCUCUCUUCUCCCAUUCACAGCCAGUGAAAGGCCUG